AAACGUCUUUUACAUCGGUUAUAAAAGUAAUUGGAUGAGAAAGCAGCACUUCGUGGAGGGCGCCUGUACGGCUGCGGCUCUUCUGACAUUUGUGAGACUUUCACUUCUCCCAUACCGAGCUCUUACUUUGCAGUGAAGCGGCCUGUCAGAGUAAAUGGGUCCAGUAAUUGGAAUGACUCCAGAUAAGAGAGCCGAAGCCCCAGGCUCCGAGAAGGGGGCGGGACUCAGCCAGGUCUACAGAAUGGGAAGCUUGCCGGAAGCCGUCGAUGCUGCCCGGCCGAAGGCCACUCUCGUGGGCAGUGAGUCAGCAGAUGACGAACUGACAAACUUGAACUGGCUUCAUGAAAGUACCAAUCUGCUCACCAACUUCAGCCUGGGCAGCGAGGGUCUCGCGGUGGCGAGCCCGCUGUACGACAUAGAGGGAGGCGAUGUGCCGUCCCGUGGGCCAUCCUGCUGCCAGAACCCAGAGAAAAAGUCAGCCUCCUCCAAGCCCCCGUACUCCUUCAGUCUUCUCAUCUACAUGGCUAUUGAACACUCUCCAAACAAGUGUUUGCCGGUCAAGGAGAUCUAUAGCUGGAUUCUGGACCGCUUCCCGUAUUUUGCUACAGCACCGACGGGGUGGAAGAAUUCUGUUCGCCAUAAUCUGUCCCUGAACAAAUGUUUUCAGAAGGUGGAGAGAAGUCACGGCAAGGUUAAUGGAAAAGGUUCUUUGUGGUGUGUUGAUCCAGAAUAUAAACCCAAUCUUAUGCAGGCACUGAAGAAGCAACCCUUUUCCUCUCCACAAAGUGGCUCUUUAUCACCUCACUGCUUACACUCUGUUCUCAAGCAGAACCAGGCACAAACCCUCAAAGGUAUGUGUGAAGAAUCUGACAUUGACGCCGCCACUGCAAUGAUACUUCUAAAUACGUCUAUAGAACAAGGGAUUUUAGAAUGUGAGAAGCCUCUUCCUCUGAAAACAUCACUGCAAAAGAAGAGGAGCUAUGGCCAUGCCUUCAGUCAUCCUAGUGCCGUACGACUGCAGGAGAGCGACUCCUUCGCUGCCAGCACUGACCCGAAAGAAGACCACAACUACAGCGCCAGCAGCAUGGCAGCCCAGCGGUGUGCGUCCAGGUCGAGCGUGUCUUCCCUGUCCUCUGUGGACGAGGUGUACGAGUUCAUCCCAAAGAGCAGCCACGCGGAAAGGGACGGCAGCGAAGGGUUCCGCAGCGAAGAGGAUACAGACGGCGAUUAUGAGGAGGACCCCCUCGGAGACAGCGGCUACGUGGCGCAGGCUUGCGCAGGCAUCGCUCCGAAAGGGCAGCUGGGCAAGAAGACGCGCAAACAGUCAAGUCAGGAGAUUGACGAGGAGCUCAAAGAGGCGGCUGGGUCUCUGCUGCACCUUGCGGGAAUUCGUACGUGCCUAGGUUCCCUGAUAAGUACUGCAAAAAUACAGAGUCAGAAGCAGCGGAAAAAGUAGAAAUCCUGGUGGGUGUGAAAUUAUCUUAAAGUGCGGCAAUACUCUUCUACUUAACCCUGUCAGGGGGUGUCAAGCCAUAACGGACUCCGUUAGUUUUUAGGGGGGGGGAAGGGUGCCAAUUACUUGUUUCUUUCAGAACAUGUUUGGUAACUUUUUUUUUUACAUUUUUUUAUUAAACAAGUGCUGUUAGGAUCAUGCCCAACCAUAAAUACACGAUAUAAAAACCAAAAGCAUAACUUCCAUAAGUGUCUCCAAGAUUUGGAAAUUUUUAAUGUAUGAAAAUCCCCAGUCUCUCUCUUAAAGGAAAAAUCUCUUCUCUUAAUACGUCACAGUGUAAGGUUUGGGAACUCUGUACCUUUUUUUGUUUUCCUUUCCAUUCUGUCAUUAACUGGAGUUACUGAUCCAGGUAAAAAUUGCCCUGAUAUCUUUCUCACAUCUUCCUCUCCUGACACAGUCCAGUAGGGUAAGAUUAGAUUUUUUUUUGGUCUUCUUUCUUAUUUUAAAUUAUUUUUUGUUGCAGCAUGAGCGGCAUCAGAUAUAAAUUGGAAAAGAUCCUAGAAUGUCUUAGAAAGUUCUUUUGUUGACAUAAGUAGCAAAUACAAAAAGUUCUAAGAUUUAGAAAAAGUAGUUUCAGGGUGUGAUUUCAUCUAAGCACUCUAAUUACUGUUACGGUACAAAAGUAUCUUUGAAAUGUCUUUAACAGAUACGCAGAGCAUUCACUGGGGCCCUUUCAUUCCUUCCCAAAGUGCUUUGCAAACGCUGUUUAAGUGUUAGCCACUAGCUGUCUUUGUUGAAUAGAAAUUAUCCAAUAAGGGGAGAUAGCCAUAGGGUGCUUAAUGGAGUGAUGUCCAUGUUGGCAUACUUUGCAAUAAGAGAACCUUUCACUUGCUUUCCAAAUGCGCUGCAUUCCGAGAGUCUUACAGUAGGAAUGGAGUGUAGUGAAACAUUUUCAGUAAUUAUUACUUACGUUACCGUACGCUAAGGUAGGCCAUUUAGGAAAAAAUUUCUUUCUAAAUUUUGUACGAGUUAUAAUUGCUGAAUUAACUUUAACACACAUGAUGAAGCUGUAGAAAUAAAAUACCUUCAGGGAUUUAAAACUCAUAUAAAAUGAGAUCUUAUACAGUACUCUAGGAGGAGGCAGUGUAAUACUCGUAUGUGCCAUUAAUCCAUGGUAAAAGAUUUUAUAUUAUUUCAGAAGUGCAUUGACUAAGGUAUUUUAAGUAUUUGAACAAAACCUGCUUGUAUGAGACAGUUUUUCAUAUCAUUUACAUAGCUUGACUGUAUUAUUCAGAAAAAACAAGGGAUUCUAAUACUGUAACUCACUAUGUAUAUACAUAUGUGUGUACUUUUUACGGUGGUGGGAGCAGCUUUCCAAAAGUUCAGUCUUGUCCGGUGGUGUAUCCUAUGUCACACAUAGACAAUGAAUUUGUUUUCACUUUCUCAUAAUUUAUAUACAUACCUAUAUACACACAGAGUGUCAGCGCAUGUUAUUAAUUUCCUGCUUUCAGCUGUUUGAUGAGAAAACAUUUUCAUGGAUUUUUAAAGAGAUGGCUUAUUUUAACUUUGGGCAAAACUGUAAAAUGAGAAUAAUUACAAAAGCAUCGUUAUCCUUGAUAAGACUUUAAGCCAAGGAUAGCAGCAUGAAAGUUCUCUCUUCUGUUUAUGUUAAUUUUAAUUGAAUUUGGAUGGCCAUGUUAAUGAAAUUGGUGCUGUUGAAAUAUAAUAAUUUUUAAUUUGUUGAUAAUGUAGGAUGACCUAUCAGAAAUUGAAAAUGACUAAUUCAAUCUCUUUUACUAUAGACAAUGAAUAAAAGAUGAAAAGAAUUCUUUACCACACUGUGAAUAGUAAAGAGAUUACAAAUAAUCAAUUUAAUAACAAUAUUUUUAAGUUAUUUUCCAUAGCCCUCUAGCUAGAGCGCAGUAACACUCUUCAGUGGUCUGGUUCACUUUGCUUUGUUCUGCUAGCAUUGUGUACCCGCGUUCCUGCUGGACCUGUCCAUUGCGUACUCCCUACGAGUAAAGGAGAAAGAUGGCAAUAAGGGGAGGGAGACUUAACUCUCAGCUCAGAUAGGGCUCCUCAAGGCUUUUUGCCUUGGUAUAUGUGAAAACAACUUUAAUAGUUCUUUGGUUUUUCUCUCCCUCUUCAUGUACUUGUCCCACAAAUUUAAAUGUUUAAGCUACAUUCAUCACUUGUGAGGAAGAUAAAUGCUUGUGCACUAAAAGCUAACUGGGAGAAGUUACACAAUAUUUUAUACUUGAUUUUUGUACAGAAUUCAGUACAUCGCUUUUCAUUUGCUAAUAUACUAUAGCAGUUACUUUCGAGAGGAAGAACAAAAUUUUUAAUUACAGUACUUUUAUGACUUCCAUUGAGGUGAUGAUCUAGUUCUUCAGUUGAGAUACACAGAUGGCUCAUCACUGUCCACUUAAAGGAAGUCAUUCUAAGCCCUAUUGACCGGCAGUAAUAUGCCCAGUCACUAAAAAAUUUUGCUGUAAAGAAAACAGCUUAGGUUAGAGAGGUUACACGUUUUUCAACUUCUUUUAAAAUUGUGACUUAAGCUAAUACGUAACUUGCCUUACAUCAAAAUAGUACAGAUUUUGUUGCAACUGAUAGCAGUUUAUAAUAGGUUUCUGGUGAAAGUUUUGUCUUGGCACAAUUAAUCUCUCACACCCCAGAUAGAAUCAAUGUUUCUUGAAUAUGUAUUUUUGGAAUUUAUUUGUGCAGUAUAUUACCAAAUUAGUUAAUAUAUUACUUUUCAAAUGCAGAGAACAAAAACAUCCAUACUAAUGGAAAAACUAUAGCGGAUCUCCUCCCAUUUUCCACCUUUGGGCUUUUCCUGGCCUUAUAGCCAGUGUGAUUUCUCUUAACUUAGAGUUCCUAUGUAAUGUAAAGUUUAGCAUAUAAAUGUUUUUCUUUUGCUACUUUCUGAGGCAUUAUGUAAAAGGUUCAUAUUGAUAAUUAAAUAUACGUUAGCAUUAUUCAAAGCUAGAGAGAGUGUUAAGGCGGGAAUGCAUGUGUUAAGGUAGACCAGGAGGCCCUUCCCAGAAGUUUAAGCAACAGAUUAGCAACAGAUAAGAGUGUUUUACAAAGCUAUAAAAACUGCCUUAACUACUAUAGUAACUUGACACCCUUUUGCUGGGGGACUAUAGUAUUUAAGAAGCUUUUGAGACUUUCUGGUUUACAUAUACCUUAUAGUUUUUGUUAGUUUUAAAUGUGUAAGCUUUGAUUUAAAUAAGGUUUACUUCAAUGUUAAUGAUGUAAUCAAGAUAUUUAUUGAAAGGCAAAAGUGCUAAGAGUAUUUUAAUGUUAUACCUGCCAUUUUUUCCUUUACAUCUAACUGCCAGUGCCAUUGUCAAAGCUUGUUUCUAAAGUUGUACAUUUUUAUUAAACUGCUUAAUGUUCAAGUAUUAUGUUCCCAUCAUAUUGUGUAUAAAAAUGUAUAAUUGCCAAUUCAUUAUAACCGUUAUUUAUUUUUGGAUGAAAGUGUAAGAAUGCUUUCCGAUUGAAGAACUGUACUGAGCGCUUUCUCCUUUCUGGUGCGGUGUAGCGCACGUCCGGGUGUGAGCUGUAGCCGCAGACGCGCAGGCGCAGUGUAGCGCACGUCCUGAUGUGAGCUGUAGCCGCCACAGACGCGCAGGCGCAGUGUAGCGCACGUCCCGGUGUGAUCUGCACACGCGCAGGCGCAGGCGAGCUGCUGCUCAGUUGCCAGUCUUCGCUCAAAUUGAAAACAACUUAUGAAUGUUUAGUUUUUGUAUCUAAUCUCUGAUUAUUAAAUGUUUAUAAAGUUUAUUUUUACCAAAGAGAUGCAAUUCAUUAUGAUAAAGUAUUGCAGAAUAAACUUGGUUUUAUAACA